AUGCAGCAUGUCAAAGCCAGAACUGAUGGAAAUGUGAGACAACCAACUAGGCAAAGAGGUUUUCCUCAAAGACUCCAAGAUUGUGAGAUAUUCUAUGACAACAAAAUUAAUGAUGAUGGUGAUUUCGUCCAUUUUGCACUUAUGACCGAAUAUGAACCCGUUAAGAUGGGAGAGACCUUAGGUGAUCCAAAAUGGAUAGACCUUCAACUGCAUAAGUUUCUGUACAUUGAUUUUGCUGCCAUAUAUAUGGGGAUUUCUUUGCCAAUAGUACUGAGAUCUUCUGCAAUUCUUAUUCAACAAAACUGGUGGAAGCUUUUAGAUUCUGCUGAACUAAAGCACAGCUCUAUAUGUUUCUUUGACAUAGAGAACCAUGAAACUGCCAUUUCGCGUUGGUCUAGAGCUAGAACAAGAGCUGCUAAGGUUGGAAAAGGUUUAUCAAAAGAUUUCAAUGCUAGGAAACUCGCUUUGCUACAUUGGCUUGAAGCAAUUGAUCCACGACAUCGAUAUGGACAUAAUUUACACUUUUACUAUGAUAAAUGGCUCAAGAGUCAAAGCAUGGAGCCCUUUUUCUAUUGGUUAGAUAUAGGAGAAGGAAAGGAAAUAAAUCUUGAAAAGUGUUCUAGAGCUAAACUUCAACAACAGUGUGUUAAAUAUCUUGGUCCUAUGCUAAGAUUGUCUUAUGAAGUUGUUGUGGAAGAUGGAAAGUUAUUGUACAAGCAAUCAGGAGAGGUUCUUCAUACGAUAAAAGAAGGCUCAUGUUCCAAGUGGAUAUUUGUCCUUAGCACAUCUAAGAAUUUAUAUGUUGGUAAAAAGAAGAAAGGUUCAUUUCAGCAUUCUAGUUUUUUGGCUGGAGGAGCUGCAUCUUGUGCUGGAAGACUAGUCGUUGAACACGGUGUCUUGAAGGCUGUUUGGCCUCACAGUGGUCAUUAUCGUCCAACCGAAGAGAAUUUUAAGGAAUUUACUUCAUUCCUUGAAGAGAAUAAUGUGGACCUUUCCAAUGUGGAGAUGGCUCCGGUUAAUGAUGUAAUGCACACCUGA